AUGGCAAAUAACGCGACCUCGCCGAGACAAGAUGCUGCACGGCCGCAAUUGUCCAGCUCCAUGAGGAGCAGCUCCUACCUCAAUGACCACCAGCAGUACCGCCCACCCCGUCAAGUAGACACGCAUUACGGGAUAGACACUGUGGUCGAGGACAUGAAUACCUCUGGGUCGCCGAAACCCGUCCUGCCUUUCCGCGGUAUUCCCUCGGAGGACAACCCGCCGACCGUGGUCGACUCUGGGGUGACACACUCGUAUACGCAUCCCAACUGUGCACCUCCAACCGGCACAAACACCAAUCGUCUCAUUGCGACUCUCAUCUACAAGCAAAGAAGCAGCACGGCUGGUGCUGCGGGCUCGCGGUCCUCGCUCAAGGGCGUCAAGUCGGAAAGCAAUGAGUCGCUCCCGGCGAACAUGGCGCCUACGACGGAUAUGGACGCCUUUCCACUCGAGCCUCCGACGCAGGAAAGCGAAAAGCUGGAUUACAUCUACGGCUCGUACAUUUCACCGCUGUGCAUCACCUCAUUCCUGCACUUGAUGUCGGAUUUCCCUAUGCCCGAUGAUUCAGAUGAGCUGUACUCGUCCCACCGCUGCCUGGACAAUCAGGAGACUCCCCGCGUCGUGGAGCUCACUCUCUCCCCUGCGCCGUCACCGAAAUAUCUAUCGCUGAAAGACCUUCGGAAACAUGAGAUGAUCUACCGUUUCGAGCAGGAGUGGAAUGUGGAUGUCAACCUGCAGCGCGAGUCCGUGUGGAGGAGGCACCCGAGGCUGGUGGUCUUUGACAUGGACAGCACGCUGAUCACGCAAGAGGUCAUUGAUCUUCUGGCGGCGACUGUCAAGGACCCUCCUGAUCUGGCAGAGAAGGUGGCUGAUAUCACCCACCGCGCUAUGUCCGGCGAGCUGGAGUUUGAUGCGUCAUUCCGGGAGCGCGUGGCCCUCUUGACCGGACUGCCGGCAACCAUUUUUGAAGAUCUCCGAUCGAUCCUGAACAUCACGCCCGGCGUACCGAAACUGAUCAAGGCUCUCAAGAGGCUGGGCAUCAAGACUGCCGUCUUGUCGGGCGGAUUCCUCCCGUUGACCAGCUGGCUUGCGAGAGAGCUCGGCAUCGACCAUGCCCAUGCCAACGAGGUGGUCAUUGUCGAUGGCAAGCUCACCGGCGAAGUGCAAGGCACAAUCGUGGGCAAGGAGCGCAAGCGUGAUCUCCUCGUGCAGAUUGCCGAGCAGGAGGGCAUCGAUCUGUCCCAGGUGGUGGCCGUAGGCGACGGGGCCAACGACCUCUUCAUGCUGGACAAGGCCGGGCUAGGUGUAGCGUGGAAUGCCAAGCCACGUGUCCAGAUGGAGGCCGAUGCGCGGUUGAAUGGGGAGAGCUUAGUAGAUUUGCUGUAUCUGUUUGGGUUGACCGCCGAGGAGGUUGAGCAACUGACGCAAUGA